GGGGGGGCCACUGAACCUCUAGACCAGAUCUUUUCAUAUAGAGCUUCAGUGGCCCCCCCUGACGCAAGCUUUCGCUUCGCCAUGGUGAAGCGUCAUGUGAAGGGCGGCAAAGCACGGAAGACCUUUGGUCCAAAGACGAAGACGAAACCACAGUUGCGGAAGCCCAAGUGCGUCAUCCAAAAUGCCAAAGCCACCAGCCCUGGCGGCCACGCUUCUGUGCAGAAAGAUGUUCAGAUGUCAGCCACACCGGUGCAAGCACAGAAGGCAGACAAGGCCCAAAAGCUCUCCCGAAAGCAGCGGAAGAAGAUCCGCUUGGAGUCUGAGACGUCGGUGAAGCCUCAGGCCUCCCCAAAGAGCAGAGCUGCGGCAUCGCCGAAGGCGAAAGCCGCUGUGCCGUCGCCGAAGAUGGCACCGGAGCAGAUGGACAUUGAUGUGGAGAAGUCGAAGAAGCAGCGACGGAAGGAGCAGCGGCGCUCCAUUCAGGUGAAGAAGACUCAGAUGAAGAAGAAGGGCAACUACUGAAGCUGGACAUUGUUGACACAAGACAUGGUCAUUUUGUUGUCAUUGUCAGAGUCGUAUGAUGCGGAUGCG